UGUCUCGUGAUCAAAAAAAAAAAUUUAGUCAACAAAUAAUCGGUUAUCUCGUAAUUAACAACAAACAAAAUAUUACUACAUAAUUACUGAACCCUAGUAAGUAUCAUCAUUACUCAAUACAUUGUGUACGUUUAUCAUAAAUUUAUCAGUCGGCCGGUGCUGCCACCUCGUGAUCGUGUCCUAUGUCCAGCUGCUGCUUGCCUGUAGAAUAAAAAAACAAAAACAAAAAAUAAAAUGAAGAAAAAAAUAUGUGACGUAGAAUGACCUAGAGUAAUAUUGAAGUCUGUAAAUUAUCAACUGAAACUUGACCUGUAAAGACAAUCAAAGUGCGCUUUUAAAAAUCAAAAAUACAUUCAAAUAAUAAUAAGCUGAUAUUAAGUAUGAAGUUGCAGUUGGAUGGAAAAUUAGAAAGUAAAAUGGACCGGGUAAUAUUGAGAAUAAACCAAAAUGGCCAUCAGUUGACACCAACGUGAAAGAUAAUUAAGUCUGGACUGGAUAUAUUUAUAAAUAGCGGAUGGACGUGAUGGAAGUUGGCGAACUAGAUGAUAUCGAUGGAUGCUGCUAUCGUGGAGAAGGGAAUGCCAACUUGGUCAUAUCACUUCCAGCUGCCAGAAGCGUGCUGCGAUUUCGUAAAAUAAAAUCACCAGACGAAUUACCAGCCGAUGGUGGAAGAUCACGAGUUGAAUUUGAGUACAAAUUUUACAAGGAAAUAAUUACUAAGUACCUGGGUAAUUUUGUUAAGGAGCCAAAAAUUAUAAAAUGCCAUCCUAGAGACAUACCGCACUGGAAUAAACGCAUCGAACCUCAUCGAUCAGGUCACCGUCGUCACAAGAGUUUGUUCGAGGAAUAUGGAACUAUACUUCCAGACUACACAUUAUUGCCGUUAGAACUCGAAGGAAAGAUACGAGGGGAGAAGCCGACGUUCUGCGUUGAGAUAAAACCUAAACAAGGCUUUAUGCCGGAGGCUGAUCGCCACGUACAGAGAUGUCCUUACUGCGUCAAUCAAUUUUAUAAGCUCGCUAAGAAAACAAUAUCAAGACGCAGCGGUUACUGUCCAUGUGACCUCUUUUCUGGUGAUACAAGUAGAGUGAAACGUGCGAUUGAUGCACUAGUAGAAACACCGCAGAAUAAUUUCAUCGUCUUUAAAAAUGGGCAGCGUGUCUGGGCCGAGGGAUAUGAGCGUAUGGAAUUGGAGCGGUUGUUAGCCGAAUGGUUUUCAAACGGCUCGUCUCACGAUAUACAACGGCUCUAUGAGGACUUGAGUCACCUCCUUUCCGAGGCGCUGCUUCGUGAGUUUCCCGUAGGCAAAGACGAUGAUGAUGAUGAUGAUGAUGAUGCUCCUACUUCCUUGUUGGAUCCAAUUAAACAAGUUCAAGCGGUACCGGUUCUGGUGGAACAGCAGCAUCAACUCGAUCGUGAGACGAUAAAUAAAGCUGCUAUUCAUUUUAAUUUACUAAACGAGGCAUGUGAUUUUCCUCGUGGAAAUUUACCUCGGGGCUCGGUGCUAAAUUGUAUUUAUCGUAUGCAACAAUUGCAUUGUAUCAGCAGCGAUAUCGUUUAUGCAAUCUACUCAAUGUAUUCAUCGAUUGUGGAUGAACAAAUGGUUUAUUUUCCAAGUACCGACACAGCAAAACAGUCCUUCUCCUCCACCUCUACCAGCGAGCGCAUUUGUAAUGACAAGCCGUUAAAUAAAACCACAAUUGCACUUUUGCGUAAUUAUUUGUUAUUCAGCAUCGCACGGGACUGUUCCAUUCUUUUAUCUUUUCGAGAAAUUGAUUCAGAGAGUGCAAAAAAUAUUCCAAGUGAGCACGUCAUUGAGUUUUCACAGCAACAACGCUACUUUUCAUUCAGCAUCGGUAUCACGGAUGUGGAUCCGAAGAAUCUUAAUCGCAUUGAAAAACAUCGCGAGCGUACAAUCCGUGCCUUGAACUCCGUAACAGUUGACUGAAGAUCAACAUCAGCAUCAUCAUUUUGCUACAAAAACAAAACACGGCUGCAUAAAUUUUAACAAUGGAGCAUUUCUUACUCAAAAGCUGUGAUUAUCCAGCGUUCAAUGCACACUCCCCCCACAGCGCAUCAAAUAAUAACUUUUAUAAUGAUAUACCACAUGUUAAUGUAAAAUGUAUCACUAUGAUAUGUAGCAACCAGUUGAUAAAACAAAAAAAUAUAAUGCCAAUAAAUCAUUCAUGUCAUUCAUCAUUCAUCUGAUAAUGUGUA